ACAGAAGUGCCUUGUGACUUAGCAUAGUUCCUCAUCCUCAGUGUGAUACUAGCUGCUGUAGGGUAGUACACCAGGCUGCUUGGAGCAGACACCCCCCCAGGCCCCAGACGGUGGGCCCCCCCUCCGUGGCCCUGUGUGUCCUGACAUGCCAGGCAGCAGCAGCAGCACAUGCCAAGCCCCAGCAGGCCAGUCAUGGAGCAGCAAGCCUGGAUACUGAGGGGCUUCCUAGCUCAAGUGGAGAGCAAGGAGGCUGAGGUGGUGGAGGCGGAGAGUGGCUUCGCCGGGGAGUUCUCGAGGCUCAAACGCCAGUCCACCAAGUACCGCACUGACAAAACGUACCCCACAAAGGUAGCGGAUAAGCAGGAGAACGUGAAGAAGAACAGAUACAAGGACAUUGUUCCCUUUGACCACAGCAGAGUGAAGCUGUCCCUUACCACCUCCAAGAAUGAUAACGACUACAUCAAUGCCAGCUUCAUCAAGGGAGUGUCAGGGGCCAUGGCCUACAUUGCCACUCAGGGCCCUCUUCCCCACACCGUGCUGGACUUCUGGAGGAUGCUCUGGGAGUACAACAUAGAGGUCAUAGUGAUGGUUUGCAGGGAGUUUGAGAUGGGCAGGAAAAAGUGUGAGCGCUACUGGCCAAAGAAACAAGAGGAGCCUUUUGUGUGUGACCCAUUUACUAUUUACUGCGACUCGGAGGAGAGUAAAGGAGACUAUGUGAGCAGGAACCUGAGGGUGACCUACCGCAAUUGGAGCCGUAACCUGAGACAGCUGCACUAUAUCAACUGGCCGGACCACGGGGUCCCAGACACCAUCCCUCCCAUCCUGGAGCUGCUGCAGGAGAUGAGAUCUUACCAGGCCCAUGAGGAUAUACCCAUCUGCAUCCACUGCAGUGCUGGCUGUGGAAGAACAGGAGCACUGUGUGCCAUCGACUAUACCUGGAACCUGGUGAAAACACAGCUGCUCACAGAAGACUUCAGCAUCUAUGACCUGGUUAAGGACAUGAGAACACAGAGGCCUUCUGUUGUUCAGACCAAGGAACAGUACGAGCUACUGUACAGAACCAUCAAGUUCCUGUUUGAGAAGUACCUGCAGUCCAUGGCACCAGUCCCCCCUUGCUGUACAGAGGAGGUGUCAGCGGCCCCCUCACCACCUACAGCCAGUGACAGUGAGCUCUCUGACCUCAGUGAGGCGUCUGAAGCUGAACAGGAACCAGAACCUGAGCCUCAGCCUAAAAUGGAACCACAGACAGAGCACAGGCACCCAGAGAGGGAGGAGCCUGAUGGGAUAUCCAAUCACGCCGUACCAGUGGCCUUCUCUGCCUCAGAGGUGCAUGUUGACCCACUGUGUGACGUGUCUAAGUGCUCCCCCUCAGCCAUCCUUAAUGCUCUGAGAGCCAGGGACAGGCAGAGGGAACAGCAGGGACCAUACUCCCUACCAACACAGACUCUGAACCAGAAACCACAACCCAGCAAGAAACAGCCCAAUAACAUGGUCAUCAAUCAGAGACCACCACACCCGCUACCGACACAGCGACCACAUUUCCUACACACACAGCCUGCUAACCUGCCCACCAGCCAGGACCUGAGACAAGAGCCCAGCCCCAGUAUCCCCAUCAUAACCCCCCAGGCACUCAGGACUCAGGACUUCUCUCAGAUAGCCAUGGAGCAAGAGAAGGUGGAGAGUGAUGGAGAGAUGACCCCACUGGUAAUACCAGUGCUUCCUGCGGUCUCCUUCUCCAACCCCCUCUGUCUCACCAUGGAGGACCCCUACUUUGGGUCUAACUCACCCCUGGCUGCUGAGGCUCCCAGAGGGUCUGAUGAUGAGGAGGAGCAGGCUCCACUGAGCCAGUGGACCGAGAACCCCUGUUUCAACGGACCCGGUCUGACCCUUAACAGCCAGCCGAUGGAGCUGCCAGCCCGCACCACCACCAACGCUGCCCCAGGUGCAGUUUCCUCAGAUGAAGACAGUCCACCUCCAUUACCUGAGAGAACUGCUGAAUCAUAUGUACUGGCUGCUGGUGCAGAGCGCUCUGAUAACAUCUCUAAACCUAAAAUGUUAGAGGUCAUCCUCCCUUCUAAUGCUGCAGCUGAAGCCAUCAGGGGGAGGAAUGGGAGUCCCCCGUCGCCUAUCCCCCCACUGCCAGAGAGAACGCCAGAGUCGUUUGUGUUGGCCAGCGAUGCCGGUAGGAGCACUACUGUCUUCCCUCCCCUCUCAGUCUCUGUGGAGAAGGUGGUCCAGGCCCGGCCAGAGGACAGCAGGAUCGGAACAUCCUCGGAAUGGUGUGGCCGUUUAGGGGACACACCAGCUCUGGUGGAGAAGAGAUCUUGGACAAGGAGCAGGAGCUUAAAGGUUAAAAUGACAACACUCUCAGUAUCACCCCUGGUUAUAGUAUCACCCCCGGUUACAGUGCCACCCCAGGUUACAGUGCCACCCAUAGUUACAUCUUCGGUCCCUGCUCCCUGUACAUCUAUAAACCUUCCUCCUCCCCCUCCCUACCCUCUGCCCCCUCCUCUCUCACCUCCAGAGAGUCUGACUCCCCCUCUACCUGAGAGAACCCCAGAAUCCUUCAUCGUGGUCAUGCAGGAAGUUGCAUUUGAUCAAAACAGGGCCCCCUGCCUGCAGAGUCUGAUCAGCCAGACCACAACCACACAGCAGAGGAUUGGUACGUCCUCAGAGUGGUCAGGGAACUCUCAACCCAAAAGAUUCCUGGAUGGAAUCAUGAAUCGGAGCAAGAGUGUCCGAGCAAAGAGUUCACGGCAAGAGCACCUGACUACUGUUCAUCUGGUUACUCCAGCCGUUGUGGCCUCGGUGACAGGAGGAAGUGCUGAGAUGGAGCAUCAGCAGCCUGUGGUCAACAGCACCUCAACCAGCUCUGGGACUACUGAGAACAAAUCAGACAAGAACAGUGGGAAGGCCAUGUCUAGAACAAAGAGCCUGAAGUUCUUCAAGCACAAACAGAAACCAAAGACAGCCCCCCCACCAGCAACAACCCACUCUGGAUCACCUCUUCCUUAUGGUGCCUCUGCCUCAUCAUCAAUGUUCAAAUUUGGAUUUGGGAGUCGUUUUGGGAAGCCUAAAGGGCCAAGGAGUCACCCUGAGACGUGGUUUUAAGACAGCCAGUCAACAAAGCUGGACAUGUCUGGCCACUGUCCUGAGAUCACAGCGCUGGAACCCUGCAUGUGGCUACUCGAUACUGGCUACUCAACUGAACUAGUGAUAGUCUGGUCCCAGGCAUGUUUAUGCUGUUUUGCCAACUCCUGUGUCAUUUUCUAGUGAGACUAGUGACAGUUCCCAGAGGAAUUAUCACAGUGUGAAGGAAGAGUUUUCCAUGAAGACAUGGAGGAUGACACUGUACUGUAGCAUUCUCGCUCUCCAUCGAUUCUGGAAGGACACAAACAUUGUUUCUCAAACUGUUGUUAUGGCCCGGUGAUCAACCUCUGAUGAGCUUUGUACAGAAGCACCUGCUAUUCAUGACAAAUUGAUUGUACUAUGGUUGCGAAGGUCGCAAUCAAAUAUUGGCAAAGGAUGGAUGAGUUAAUAAAUAUGUUUAAGAGAGGG